AUGUCCUGCCAACAAGAAAUCAACAUGAACUACUCCACUUUGGAGGCCAUGCGCCGCCAGGAAUGCACUGGCUACAAAUGUGAAGACUACCUCCACAGCAAACUGCAAAAGUCCUUCUCUCCCACAUCUGCGAUUGAUGCCAUGUUCAUGACAAACUUUGCAGAUCAACAAGGAUCCACAAUGACACAAGAAGAUAUCAUGGUCUGCAUCAACAACCGAUCCAAAAUGGCACAGUGGUGCAUGACACUCAUGGAUGCUUGCCAGUUGAGCCGUGAAACUGUUACCAUUGCCAUGAGUUAUUUGGAUCGUUUCCUGGCCACCCCCACGGGAUCAGAAUGCAUUGAAGAUUCUGCCGCCUUUCAAUUGGCCUGCAUGACUGCUCUCUACUCGGCCAUUAAGAUCCACGAAGAAAAGGCCAUUAGUCCCGAAGUCCUCUCUACCAUUUCCCGGGGAUUCUACUCCAAACAAGACAUGGAAGCCAUGGAAUGGCGCAUGUUGCAAGCACUGCAAUGGCGUGUCAAUGUUCCCACGCCACUGGCAUUUGUGCGGGAAUACCUCCAAAUGAUUCCUUCUGCCGUCCUCACUGAUGCUUGCAAGGACCAACUCCUCACUCUGGUCAAGAUCCAAACCGAGCUUGCCGUUGCCAACUACAGCUUUGUCACCAUCAAGCCAUCCAGCAUUGGAUUCGCUGCCUUGAUGAAUGCCUUGGAGGUGGUCGGACUGGACUUUGGAAUCCUCCACCAAUUCAUCUUGGCUGUCUCCGAUUUGGACACGGACGAAAUCUUCCGCAUUCAAGCCACGCUCUUUGCCGCAGUUUCCACCAUGACAAGUCUGCGUGGAGUCUGUGGACAAGAAGCACGACGCGUCAUUUCCGACAAUGCUACUUCCAGACCCAAGCGUCGUCAGUCUCAUACCAUCUCGCCCCGAGCUGUCACCGAUCAUGCACAGAUUGCAUAG